AUGGACGGUCCACAGGUGAAGAGCUUUGUAGUUUGGGAUUAUGUUGUGUUUGCCGGACUCUUUGUCAUUUCUUCUGGAAUUGGAGUGUUCUUUGCCAUUAAAGAGAGGAAAAAGGCAACCUCCAGGGAGUUCCUGGUGGGAGGAAGGCAAAUGAGCUUUGGCCCUGUGGCCUUGUCUCUGACAGCCAGCUUCAUGUCAGCAGUCACUGUCCUGGGAGCCCCUUCCGAUGUUUACCGCUUCGGAGCAUCCUUCCUGCUCUUCUUCAUUGCAUAUGCCUUCGUCAUCAUCUUCACGUCAGAGCUCUUUCUGCCUGUGUUCUACAGAUCUGGCAUCACCAGCACUUAUGAGUACUUAGAACUACGAUUCAACAAACCAGUUCGCUACGUGGCAACAGUCAUCUACAUUGUGCAGACGAUUCUCUACACAGGAGUAGUGGUGUAUGCUCCUGCUCUGGCACUCAAUCAAGUGACGGGGUUUGAUCUCUGGGGCUCUGUGUUUGCAACAGGAAUUGUUUGCACAUUCUACUGUACCCUGGGAGGAUUAAAAGCAGUUGUAUGGACAGAUGCAUUUCAGAUGGUUGUCAUGGUUGUGGGCUUCUUAACAGUUCUCAUUCAAGGAUCAGCCCAUGCUGGUGGAUUACAUAACAUAUUAGAGCAAGCAGCAAAUGGAUCACGACUAAAUAUAUUUGACUUUGAUGUAGAUCCUCUCAGGCGACACACCUUUUGGACAAUCUCAGUGGGAGGAACUUUUACAUGGCUUGGGAUCUAUGGAGUCAAUCAGUCAACCAUCCAGCGAUGCAUCUCUUGCAGAACAGAAAAGCAUGCCAAACUUGCCCUGUACUUUAACUUGCUGGGUCUCUGGAUCAUACUUGUGUGUGCUGUUUUCUCUGGAUUGAUUAUGUACGCACACUUCAAAGACUGUGACCCUUGGACUUCUGGAAUUAUCUCAGCACCAGACCAGCUGAUGCCUUACUUUGUCAUGGAAAUAUUUGCCACAAUGCCAGGCCUGCCAGGACUCUUUGUGGCUUGUGCCUUCAGUGGAACUCUGAGCACUGUGGCUGCCAGCAUCAAUGCCUUAGCAACAGUGACCUUUGAGGAUUUUGUCAAGAGCUGUUUUCCCCAUCUCUCUGACAAGCUGAGCACCUGGAUCAGUAAAGGCUUAUGUCUCUUGUUUGGUGUGAUAUGUACCUCCAUGGCUGUGGCUGCAUCUCUCAUGGGGGGCAUCAUACAGGCUGCCCUUAGCAUCCAUGGCAUGUGCGGAGGACCAAUGCUUGGCUUGUUCACUCUGGGGAUUGUAUUCCCUUUUGUGAACUGGAAGGGUGCACUUGGAGGCAUUCUAACUGGAAUCAUCUUGUCAUUUUGGGUGGCUAUCGGAGGCUUCAUUUACCCUGCACCAGCCUCUAAGACAUGGCCCUUGCCUUUGUCGACAGAACAGUGUCUUCUUCCAAAUGUUACAGAAUUAUUGCCUCAAGAGCUGUCUAGCAGACCUGCCAUAGCUGAUACCUGGUAUUCACUCUCCUACCUUUACUACAGUGCAGUGGGUUGCCUAGGGUGCAUUGUUGCUGGAAUGAUCAUCAGCUUAAGAACAGGUCAUCAACACAGCAAAGAUAUUCAACCACUGUUAAUUAGACCAGUAUGCAACUUAUGUUGCUUUUGGUCCAAGAAAUACAAAACCCUAUGCUGGUGUGGAGUUCAGCAUGACAGUGGGACAGAGCAGGAAAACCUUGAGAAUGGCAGUGCCUGGAAACAAGGGGCUGAAUCUCUCCUUCAGAAUGGACUCAGGCAAGAAAGCCUGGCCCAUCCCACUGGCUACGAUCCCAAGGACAAAUCUUACACCAAUCCGGGGUUGGAAAAGAUUACCCAUUUCUAA